UAAAUUAAAUGUUGCGUUAAACUUAUAACAAAUUAAUUUAUUGGUUAAAUAAUUUAUUAUAUUAACAUAAAAUUAAUUAUUUAUUAAUUUUACUCUAUUAAAUAAUUUGUUAGGAUGUUUACUUUGCAUAUCCUUCAGUUAUUGUAUUAACAUUUGACUCAACAAACAGACUUAACAAAUUCAUAUAGUUAAAAGUAUAUAAAUACAUUUCAUUCAAUAGUGUUUAAUUGUUCUAGCAUGAGUAUAAAUGGAUAAGUUAAAUAAAUUUAUUCGACCUAUAGGAUUACGAAGACGAACAAGAUCAGCCAGUAGUGUUGCUUAUCCUGGAAGUAAGGCUCAAAGUGAUGAUUCAAGUAGUAAUUCUAAAGACGUAGGAAUUUCAAGUAUUUAUCAUAGUGACUCUGAUGAUAUAAGUGGUGCACCUCAAUCGGUUCCAUUUGCUUUGCUAUCAAAACAUUUAAUGAAUUUGGAAUCUGAUUCUGUCAAUGAAAAUUUAACUCAUGGUAAACCAUUUACCAGAAGGAAACGGAAAUUUAAAAAAAUGAUAGUUGAUCCAGAUGUAAAAUUUACUUCUCGUAUUGCUACUGGAUGUUCUCAUAGCAGUAUUGAAAAGAAAAGAACUACACGUCAUUCUGCUAGUAUGCCUAGAAAUUGUGGUUCAUUAAUAUUAGCUAUUGGCAAAAGGAAGCGUAGUAAUCGUGAAGUUCUUACUAGUAGUAGUGUUCAAGGUACUUCUAGCACUAAAAUAAUGGAUGUUGAUAUUGCAAGUAGUUCAAGUAGUCUAAGUUCAUCUGAAAGUGAAACUGGAAUAUUUACUAAUGAUGAAGGUAGAGAAGGUGAUGAUGAACAAAGUGAUUGGGUUGGUAAUGCAUAUGGAGCUGGUGGUAUAACUGAUGAUGAUACUGAACCUAUGAAAAUAGAUUGUCAAAGACUUUUAUCUGUAAGCUUACAAAAUAAUGUUAUGACGGAUGGACGAGGACCUGGUCGACUUCCAUUUUGGACAAGAAAAGCUGGAGAUAGAGAAAUCAGAGGCGGACUUCGUAGAGUAAGAUCUGUUAAACCAAGUUUUUCUGUUUUGACUUCUGCUAAUGAAAAGGUUUCUCAAUUCUUACGAGAUCCAGCCCAAUCAGAAUUAAGACUGCAUCCAAUGCCUAAAAAUGAACAGGACCAGCUAUCUCAUCUGGCAGAAAUGUAUUCUCUUCAUAUGCAACUCAAUGAUUCCCCAAAAAGAGGAGUUACACUUACAAAAACUGAUAAUACAAUUCAAAUGGACCUUGAAACUCCUUUUUCACGUCUGAAUCCCUCUAAAGAUCAUAAAAGAAAGAAAUCUGCAUCUUCAGAACUAAAUUUAGGUUUACAUGCAUUACACAAUCAAGCAUGGCAACCUAUCAUAUCAGAUGAUAAACCCAGCACUUCUACUCAGAAUUCAUGUCCAAAUGAUUGAAUGUGAUACUUUCAUAUAUAUAUUAUUAUAUUUUAACUAUCAAAAUCUUACUAUUAGCUUUAACCAUAUCUAUCAUUUUGAAGGCUUAAAAAAGCAUCCCAACUUUCAAUAUGUUAUUAUUGUUGUUAAAAAGUGAAAAUUGUUAAUUUUUCAAAUUAAUUAAUUAUUUUUGCCCUUAAUUGUUAUUAUUUAUUAUAAACUUAGAUGAUUACAUUCAUUUAGUUCAAUUGAUAACAAAUUUUUAUUUAUUAUUUUUUUUUAAUUUAUAAUGUUAAGUAACAACUUUUUCAGCUCUAGACUAUUACACUUGUAUUUUUCCUAUUACUACUACUUGUAAUAUCUUUGCUUAUGCUAGUCUGAUUUUUUAAAAUACACAUAAAAACAAAAAAAC